AUGGCUGAGACUCUUUGCGAUGCGUUGGUAGUUGGUGCCGGCCUGGGUGGAAUCUACCAAACACUGAAGCUCCGUGCCUUGCACCUCCAUGUUGUAUGCAUCGAAAGUGCCCCUGAAGUCGGUGGGACAUGGUACUGGAACCGCUAUCCAGGAGCCAUGAGUGACACGGAAAGUUAUCUCUAUCGCUACUCGUGGGACAAAGAGGAUCUACAAACGUAUCCCUGGGACAAGCAUUAUCUCUAUCAACCUGAUAUUCUAAGGUACAUAAAGCAUGUCGUCGACAAGCACGAUGUUCGCAAGCAAAUCCUGUUGGAUACCACCAUGGAGACUGCGACCUGGAAUGAACAGGAAGAGAGAUGGGUCAUAAAGUGCAACACAGGCAAGGUGUUCAGCGCCCGGUAUCUUGUCAAUGCUCUCGGCAUUCUGUCUAAGCCGAACUACCCUAAUAUUACGGGCCUGCAAAACUUCCAGGGAGACCUAAUCCACACUACUUCGUGGCCAGAAAUCGAUCUAAGCAGCAAGAGAGUUGGUGUCAUUGGAAACGGAUCGACUGGAAUCCAAGUUUUGACUGCUCUCGCACCCAAGGUCAAAAAGCUGAUCUCGUUCCAAAGAAGUCCACAAUACUCUGUCCCUAGUGGGCAAGGGCCAGUGACUAAGGAAUAUAGAGCCUGGGUCAAUAACAACUACGACGAUAUCUACGAGCAGGUGUGGAAAUCCAGCACUGCGUUUGGCGUACCUGAGGUCAGCCGGCCGACGAUGUCGGUAAGCCCUGAGGAGAGGAGAGAGAUCUUUGAGCAAGUCUGGAACCAAGGCAACGGCUUUAGAUUCAUGUUCAGUGCGUUUGGAGAUCUCACAACGAGUGUGGAAGCAAACCAAGAGGCUUGCAAGUUUAUUCAUUCCAAGAUCGACGAGAUUGUCAAGGAUCCGAAGAAAGCUAAAGCACUCAAACCGACGGAACUAUAUGCGCGUCGCCCAUUAUGUGACAAUGGAUAUUACGAGAUCUUCAAUCGCGACAAUGUCGAAAUUGUCGACCUUCGCCAGAAACCCAUUACGGAGGUGGUACCCGCCGGUGUCAAGCUCUCCGACGACACGAUAGUAGAGCUGGACACCUUAGUCCUAGCUACCGGGUUCGACGCACUUGAUGGAAGCUAUUUGCGGGUUGCUAUCAAAGGGCAGCAGGGCAGAACACUCCGCGACCAUUGGAAGGGUGGAGCUACCACGUAUGCCGGGGUCGCCUGUGCAGGGUUUCCCAAUAUGUUUGUGAUCUCCGGACCGCAGGGACCAUUUGCGAACUUCCCGUGCACGAUUGAGAGUGAGGUCAACUUCGUCACAGAGUGCAUCGAGCGAGCCGAGAAUGGGACUGGUUACAUUGUUGCAAAGGCCGAGGCAGAAAAGGACUGGCUUGAUUUGUGUAAUCAUCUGACGGAAGGCUCCGUCUUCAAAAGCACACGAAGUUGGAUAUUUGGCCAGAAUAUCGAAGGGCGGGAGCCUAGUGUCAAGUUCUUCUUCGGCGGUCUGGCUGCAUACAUUGCUCGUACAAAAGACGAAGUGGACGCUGGGUUUCCUUCUUUUGAUCUUAUGGACAGACCUCGAAUCUGA